GGCUGGUAUGGCUGCUGGGCAGGGUAGAAGGGGCAGAAAUAGAUGUAUCUCAGGGUAGAGGUGGCAGGCUCUGGCUCUUGGGGUUAUCAGUAUUCGACUUUAGGGAGCAGCAAACUGAGCAGUAAACUAUAUCAGUCAGUAGAUUGGGCUGGGCAAGAAGAUAGACUUCAGGCAGCAGAGAGUGAGCUGAAGUGAACUCCUAUAGAUAGACAAGACUGUGAAAGAGAAUUUGACUAGCUGUCAAGGUGUCAAAAGAAAAUAUAUUGUUGCUGGAGACCUGACCUGAGAGCUGAGGUGACAUGGGAGUGUACAAUGAACAAGGGUAAUUCUAGUAAUUCUUGGAGUUGUGUGGUGUAUGUGUGCAUUUUUAUGUUUGUAAUGAAUGAAUGACUGUCACUGUUAAGCAUCUCUGAAUCUUAAUGUGGAUGUUUUCUAAUCAGAGUGUCUUCUGCAUAAGAGAGAAGGCACAGUGGUGAAUGAGAAAACAUGCGGUGAUGGCUGUUGCGGUAGUUAAAGUAUCACUGGUAAGACGGUGCAGUUUAUAGUGUCCAAGAAAAUGCCACAGUACGGAGACGUUUUCCUGUUUCUCGGGAUGCACUUUUGAAAGCUGAGAAAUGUUAUGCUUGAUAAAAAUGAAGUGUGAUGAGUACAGUAUAUUGGUAUGUACAGGGUGUGCAUAUUUGACCUAUUGGUGACAGCUUAUAAAGUCUGUAAUGAAUCUGAAAUGAGUAAAUAUCAGGUAAUUUGAAGAUGGUAAACAUAAAUUAUUACUAACCAUUACAUGACCUUUCAUUCUGCUCCUGUGUGUGUGUGGUGUGUGUGGUGUGUCAGGGAGGCCCUUGGAGAACCAGACACACAGGAGGUCAUGAUGCACAAAGACAGACGAGGGGGGGUCGGUGGUCGCCAUGGCAUCCCGAGCUCCAUGUCCCUGCGCAGACAACACUCCAAACUCCCCCCUAGAGAGGUGUUCAACGACAUCAUGUACAUAGGUCAGUAACUCCCCCUCAAAGAUGUGCUCACCUAUGUUCAACUUAUGUGGUCAGUUACUCUGCAGACUGCCAUAGUGUAGGUUAUAUGUACCAUACGUUAAGGAAAAUACGUUAACCAUAUAUUAAGGAAAAUGCCACUGCGUAACUCCAAAGGAAAAGUUGGAUGCCAAAUGUUAUAUACAGGUAUGUUUGUGUCUAUGGCACGUCAUGACAAUUUAGAUAAACGUGAAAUCCUGUAGAGAGAAAAAAAGCAAAAUUGGAAAAGCGGCAUGUGAACUAGAUCUUACUAAAUGUAGAAUAUAGGUGCUCUUUGGUUUAAGGGGUAAUUUGAUUUUUUUUUUAAGGCACCAAGUUACUCUUCAUACAAUUAAAAUGAAUUUAUUGUGGUAGCAUGUUCAAUGUAAAAAAAUCUUCAAAACUCUGAUGCAUUGUAAAAACUUGAUAUGUUCUUGCAAUACCAUUGCUAUGCAGUUUGACACUUGGUAGAUAUGUUCCUGGGGGAUGGCUGAAAUAUAUUGAAUUCAAUAAAUGUAAAGAAAGAACAAACUGCACCAUAUCUCUCAACACAUUUCUGAACUUUAGUCUGCAAUACUUUUUGGGGUAAGCACUGCAAAUUAAACAGCUUUAUCUUUGUGCUUAGUGCGGGGCCUCACUGGAUAUGUUCACUUGACAUGGAGGAAUGACACACUGUGUACCUCUGCUUUACAGUGACACGUCAUACAGUGGUCAGGCAGCUGAGCUGGAAGAUAGGACCAGGGCAUUAAGUGCUAAGUGUUCAGGCCUGAGAGUGAGAGGGUGACACAUCCAUAAAUUCUCCCUACCCUUAGGCAUUAAGGACUGGUAUUUUUGGAGAGGACAGAUCAUAUUAAUUGUCUGAAUAAGGAACUGCCGCUUAUGGGUGUGAAUGAUGAACUAAAAAAAACUCUGCAGUGUUUUUGAGAAUGCAACGAUUUUUAAUUAGUGCUUUAGAUAUCCUAGGUAAAACGGUUAGGUAGUAGUAAGUGAGUGAGCCUUAGUUGUGAGUAGUCCUCUUAAUAGUGGUAUUGAAUAUUGACAAAAUGAUAUACAGUACUCGUUAUAAUUAAUCUCAAAGAAACAGAGGAGCAAUCAUAUGGAAAUUACGAAGUCAUUACAAUUCUAAUUAUGAGUCUCAAUAGUACCAGUUAAAUAUAGGCCUGUCAAUAAAGUAACAAACUCCUUAACUGGUUUGACUCACAAAUGCAUCUCUCCUUGUAUCUCCUGUCAGUGGGCGGCUGGACCCAAGAGGACCCCUCCUGCCCAGUGGAACAGUUCUGCCCCCUGGAGAAUGAGUGGAAGAACAUGGCCUCCAUGAUCAAUCACCGUGGUAACGUGGCCGUGUGCGGCCUGUAUGGGAAGAUCUACACAGUGGGCGGGUCCGAUGGCGUCACCUACAAAAGCAAUGUGGAGAGGUAAAGGCGUUUCAAGAUGGCUGCCCGAGUAGCCAUUUGAUUAGCUGUUCAGGAGUCUUAUGGCUUGGGGGUAGAAGCUGUUAAGAAGCCUUUUGGACCUAGACUUGGCGCUCCAGUACCGCUUGCCAUGCGGUAGCAGAGAGAACAGUCUAUGACUAGGGUGGUUGGAGUCUUUGACCAUUUUUAGGGCCUUCCUCUGACACCACCUGGUAUAGAGGUCCUGGAUGGCAGGAAGCUUGGCCCCAGUGAUGUACUGGGCUGUACGCACUACCCUCUGUAGUGCCUUGCGGUCAGAGGCCGAGCAGUUUGACAUACCAGGCAGUGAUGCAACCAGUCAGGAUGCUCUCGAUGGUGCAGCUGUAGAUCUUUUUGAGGAUCUGAGGACCCAUGCCAAAUCUUUUCAGUCUCCUGAGGGGGAAUAGGCUUUGUUGUGCCCUCUUCACGACUGUCUUGCUGUGUUUUGACCAUGAUAGUUUGUUAGUGAUGUGGACACCAAGGAACUUGAAGCUCUCAACCUGUUCCACUACAGCCCCGUUGAUGAGAAUGGGAGCGUGCUCGGUCUACUUCUUUUUCCUGUAGUCCACAAUCAUCUCCUUUGUCUUGAUCACGUUGAGGGAGAGGUUGUUAUCCUGGCACCACACGGCCAGGUCUCUGACCUCCUCCCUAUAGGCUGUCUCAUCGUUGUCGGUGAUCAGGCCUACCACUGUUGUGUCGUCAGCAAACUUAAUGAUGGUGUUGGAAACGUGCCUGGCCAUGCAGUCAUGGGUGAACAGGGAGUACAGGUGGGGACUGAGCACGCACCCCUGAGGGGCCCCCGUGUUGAGGAUCAGCGUGGCAGACGUGUUGUUACCUACCCUUACCACCUGGGGGUGGCCCGUCAGGAAGUCCAGGAUCCAGUUGCAGAGGGAGGUGUUUAGUCCCAGGGUCCUUAGCUUAGUGAUGAGCUUUGAGGGCACUGUGGUGGUGAACGCUGAGCUGUAGUAAGUGUUCCUUUUGUCCAGGUGGGAAAAGGCAGUGUGGAGUGCAAUUGAGAUUCUAUCAUCUGUGGAUCUGUUGGGGCAGAAUGCAAAUUGGAGUGGGUCUAGGGUUUCUGGGAUAAUGUUGUUGAUGUGAGCCAUGACCAGCCUUUCAAAGCACAGUGCUAUGGGUCGGUAGUCAUUUAGGCAGGUUACCUUAGUGUUCUUGGGCACAGGGACUAUGGUGGUCUGCUUGAAACAUGUUGGUAUUACAGACUUAGACAGGGAUAGGUUGAAAAUGUCAGUGAAGACACAUGCCAGUUGGUCAGCGCAUGCUUGGAGUACACGUCCUGGUAAUCCGUCUGGCCCUGCGGCCUUGUGAAUGUUGACCUGUUUAAAGGUCUUACUCACAUUGGCUACGGAGAGCGUGAUCACACAGUCGUCUGGAACAGCUGAUGCUCUCACGCAUGCUUUAGUGUUGCUUGCCUUGAAGCAAGCAUAGAAGUAAUUUAUCUCGUCUGGUAGGCUCAUGUCACUGGGCAGCUCACAGCUGUGCUUCCCUUUGUAGUCUGUAAUAGUUUGCAAGCCCUGCCACAUCUGACGAGCGUUGGAGCCGGUGAAGUACAAUUAAAUCUUAGUCCUGUAUUGACGCUUUGCCUGUUUGAUGGUUUGUCGGAGGGCAUAGCGGGAUCUCUUAUAAGCGUCCCGGUUAGAGUCCCGCUCCUUGAAAGCGGCAGCUCUACCCUUGAGCUCAGUGCGGAUGUUGCCUGUAAUCCAUGGCUUCUGGUUGGGGUAUGUACGUACGGUCACUGUGGGGACGACGUCAUUGAUGCACUUAUUGAUGAAACCAGUGACUGAUGUGGUGUACUCCUCAAUGCCAUCGGAAGAAUCCCGGAACAUAUUCCAGUCUGUGCUAGCAAAACAGUCCUGUAGUUCAGCAUCUGCAUCAUCUGACCACUUCCUUAUUAACCGAGUCACUGGUGCUUCCUGCUUUAGUUUUUGAUUGUGGGCAGGAAUCAGGGGAUAGAGUUAUGGUCAGAUUUGCCAAAUGGAGGGCGAGGGAGAGCUUUGUACGUGUCUCAGUGUGUGGAGUAAAUGUGGUUGAGAGUUUUUUUCCCUCUGGUUGCACAUUUAACAUGCUGGUAGAAAUGAGGUAAGACGGAUUUAAGUUUCCCUGCAUUAAAGUCCCCGGCCACUAGGAGCGCCACCUCUGGAUGAGCGUUUUCCUGUUUGCUUAUGGCCUUAUACAGCUCAUUGAGAGUGGUCUUAGUGCCAGCAUCGGUUUGUGGUGGUAAAUAGACAGCUAUGAAAAAUAUAGAUUAAAACUCAUUUGGUAAAUCAUUUGGUCUACAGCUUAUCAUGAGAUACUCUACCGAGCAAAACCUUGAGACUUCUUUAAUAUUAGAUUUCGUGCACCAGCUGUUGUUUACAAAUAUACACAGACCGCCACCCCUGUUCUAUCUUGCCGAUGCAGUUUAUAUCCCGCCAGCUGUAUGCUAUCCAUGUCGUCGUUCAGCCACGGUGAAACGGUGAAACGGUGAAACAUAAGAUAUUACCGUUUUUAAUGUCCCGAUGGUAGGAUAUCUGUGAUGUUAGUUAGUCUAUUUUGUUAUCCAAUGAUUGUACGUUGGCUAAUAUGACUGAUGGCAGAGGCAGAUUACACACUCACCCUCGGAUCCUUACAAGGCACCCCGACCUACAUCCCCGAUAUCUCCGUCUCUUUCUCAUGCGAAUGACAGGGAUUUGGGCCUUGUCGGGUGUCUGAAGAAAAUCCUUUGCGUCCGACUCGUUAAAGAAAAAAAAAAUUGUCCAGUACGAGGUGAGUAAUCGCUGUCCUGAUAUCCAGAAGCUCUUUUCGGUCAUAAGAGACGGUGACAGAAACAUUAUGUACAAAAUAAGUUACAAAUAACGUGAAAAAAACAGACACAAUAGCACAAUUGGUUAGGAGCCCGUAAAACAGCAGCCGUCUCCUCCGGCGCCAAUUCUGCAGACCAGUACUCCCCCUCUCUGCUCCACAAUCUUCCACCUCCUGGAAACUAGAGACAAUCCCUUGCGGGUAGUGUUCCCUCAUCCUUUUCUUAUCGGUCUGGACGAUUACUCCCAUAUGUCUGCUUGACGGCAGAGCAGAGAAAGCAGACAGCAGCAGAGAGCAGUAGAGAGUAGCAUUCAAGCCCUGGGCUCUGGCUCUCAGGGAUCUCAUCAUUUGAUUAGUCCUCAUGCUGGGUUUCCCAUUAUUAUUGUUAUUAUGUUUUUUUGUCAUUUAGCAGACACUCUUAUCCAGAGCGAUUUACAGUAGUGAGUGCAUACAUUUUUUUACUUUUUAACUGCCCUGCAGGAGGGAGAAGAUGUGUCUCUGCGGGCAAUCUGUGCUACUUCCGAACAAUUAACUAAUACACUAAACACAAUGUUUGAUUUCCAACUCAGGGUUUACUUUUGCAGUAGAGCUAUAAUUUACGACAGAUCAUUGACAGUUUAUUUUGCUCCUCAUACCUAAGUCAGUGUCUUGGGGAUUUCUCUUAACUAUCUCUAAACAGCACACUCCUCAGAGCGACGUUUCAGUCUUUUUGUAUCACAUUGAUCGAGAUGGUGAUAACUAAUUAUUAACAGCAUUAUCAUCCAUCAUUCCCUUUGCUAACCCAGUUCACCAGACAGGUCUUUACCAGCUUUAUCUAAAACAUGAGGCUAAACCCCCCCCCCCCCCCCCCCCCUCUUCUCUCUCUCUCCCUUCCCUCCCUCUGCAGGUACGACCCACAAACUAAUACCUGGAGUAACGACGUGGCCCCCCUGAGCAGCCCCCGCAGCGGAGUGUGUCUGGUGGAGAUGGACGGAUACCUGUACGCCCUCGGAGGGUACGACGGCAUGGUCUGCACCAACACUGUUGAGAGGUAACGCCAUAUUAUCAUGAGUUGUUGCACGAUGGUUGCAAGAUAGACAAAUAAUAACAAAGGCCAGGGCCAUGUCUAAGUAUUCUUUAGAUACUUCCUUUCUGUGAAUUACCUGAAUACUGUAGAUGACAGAAAGAUAACAAGGUUUGACCUGUUGACCUUUGACAGGCUUUUUGAUCAGACAUCUAAUGACGGACAUAGGAAAGGGAGAAUUGAACGAUGUAUUUAGACAUAGUUUCAGUAUCUCUGUCUCACUAAUGCUCAUAGGAAUCUUAGUUUUGUUCUGUAAAUAUAAUGUUUGUAUAUUCUUCGUAUUCCACCAGGUAUAAUCCCAAAAUGAACAGCUGGACGAAGCAGGCUCCGAUGCUGAGCCGGCGUAGUGGGGCAGCUGCUGCUGUGAUGGAUGGUCUCCUGUAUGUGAUUGGAGGCAGCGAUGGAGACGUACCCAUGAACACAGGUAUAAAUAAAACAAUAAGCUAACAGAUAGGCAUACCCUACUCAAUGUACAACAUUAGGACUAGGGUUGCAAAAGUCUGGCAACUUUUCCUAAAUUACCAGGUUUUCCAGAAAACCAGACUGGAAGAUUCCUGGAAUCAGGAGGGAAUAAGCAAGAAAUGUGGGAUCCAUCAACCAGGAAUUCUGGAAAACCUGCAACCCUAAUUAGGACAGACUGUAUGGUUGACCUGUGUCUGCGCUUCAGGGCUCUUUCGACGUCUGAUCUCUGGACGCAUCACAGGAAGGGCCCAAAGUGUCACGAUCGUCUACCAAAGAGGAGGACCAAGGCGCAGCGUUGCAGGCAAACAUACUCUUUAAUUAGAGACACGAUCAAAACAACAAACGAUACGUGACAGUUCACGGUCUAACAUAACCAGACUUGAAACAAGAUCCCACCAACACAAAUGGGAAACAGACAGUUUAAAUAUGGCUCCCAAUCAGAGACAACCAACGACAGCUGACACUCGUUGCCUCUGAUUGGGAGCCACUCAGGCCAACAUAGAAAUACACAUACUAGAUAAACAAAUGAAAUGCACACCCUGGCUCAACAUACAAGUGUCCCCAGAGCCAGGGCGUGACAGUAUCCCCCCCCCUAAAGGCGCGGACUCCGACCGCGCCCACCAAACACCACAGGGGAGGGACCGGGUGGGCACUCCGCUUAGGCGGCGGAUCCGGCUCCGGGCCUGAUCCCCGCUCCCUCUCCAACCCCCCAAAGUACCCCUGGUCCGGUCUGGCCCCGCUGGCCGGAGCUGGACUGCACACUGGUGGAGCGGAUUGCUCUAGCUCCGGCGUGAAGCAUCUGACCGGUGCCGGACCAGCCACCGGUGGAACAGGCACGGGCCGUGCCGGACUGAAGACGCACACCACUGGCUUGGUGUGGGGAGCAGGAGCGGGCCGCGCCGGGCUGACGAAACGCACCACUGACUUGGUGCGGGGAGCAGGAGCGGGCCGGACCGGGCUGACGAAGCGCACCACUGACUUGGUGCGAGUGGCAGGAACAGGCCGGACCGUACUGGGAACACACACCACUGGCCCUACGUGGGGAUCAGGAACAGGCCGGACCGGACUGGCAACACAUGCCAGUACCUCUCGCCGUGCCUCUACAUCCUCCCUCCCCCUGGUGACCAGUGACUCCCGUAACCUGGCGGCCUCCUGCUGCCCCGUCGUCCACGCCGUUAGCCCCCCCCUAAAAAAUUUAUGGGCUUCACUCCUACCCGUGGCCAAGGCCUCCAUCCCUCUUGCCAGACUCGCACUCAUCUCCUCCCAAGUCCAUCCUCUCUCCUCGUCACGCUGCUUGAUCCAGUCGAGGUGGGAUCUUCUGUCGUGAUCGUCUACCAAAGAGGAGGACCAAGGCGCAGCGUUGCAGGCAAACAUACUCUUUAAUUAGAGACACGAUCAAAACAACAAACGAUACGUGACAGUUCACGGUCUAACAUAACCAGACUUGAAACAAGAUCCCACCAACACAAAUGGGAAACGGACAGUUUAAAUAUGGCUCCCAAUCAGAGACAACCAACGACAGCUGACACUCGUUGCCUCUGAUUGGGAGCCACUCAGGCCAACAUAGAAAUACACAUACUAGAUAAACAAAUGAAAUGCACACCCUGGCUCAACAUACAAGUGUCCCCAGAGCCAGGGCGUGACACAAAGUUUUUCUUGGUGAGGUCACGUGGUCAGAAAAAACUCCUGGUUCUACUUACAGUAUAAGGCCUCUACAUUUUAAGGUUGUAGAUGUUUGUUUGCAUGUGUUGCUGUCCAGAGGAACGCAUUUACUUUAACACCACUCUUCAAAAUGUAGCAGAGUUUUGGUCAUGCAUAACAAUGUGACAUUUUAUCUGGUACCAACACACACACGCUUCCAUUCACGCACACGCACACACACACCCAGUACACACACGCACACACACAGACAGACCGUACACACACACACACACACAGUACACACAUAUACACACACACACAUACUUGGGCCCUCUGAGUCUGCCAGAGAUACACGUGGGAGGGUUAUGUUGUGUUGCCACUUGUCUGCGCUUAUUUCUGUCUGUGAAAAUUCCCAUAAGCUUUUCAGCUUUCAUAAAACCCAGACACUAGGGGUUUUGCUAGAAAGAACACACAGCUAGCACAUUUGGUUCCUUGGAAGUUUUUGGAACGUAUGUUUUUGGAUUCACAUUGGUUGUGGGAACUAAGCCAUGCGUUUCCUGACCGGUAAAACUGAAUGUUUUUUAAACGUUCUGAAAACAUAAGUGACAUUUUCGCCUGUUCUGGGAACUUUCAUUUUUAGGUUGUAGGGAGGUUCUGAGAACAUUUUACUCUGGUUCCCUGAAAGUUUUCCUGGGAGGUUUUAUUAACGCUUUGAGAACAAAAAAUAAUAGGUUAUUUGCAGGUAAUUAAAUUCUCUAAAUGUUGUGAAAGUUUUGUUAUGGUUAUUAUUAUUAUUAUUAUUAUUAUUAUUAUUAUUAAUCAUUUACUUGGCCUGCCAGGUGACAUCACCAUGUGAUAAAUUAGUUAAUAGACCAAUAAGAAAGAGAGUUCCAGGGCCUCCCGAGUGACGCAGAGGUCUAACGCGUCACUACAGCCUGGGGUUUGAUCCCAUAGUCCCAUAGGGCGGCGCCCAAUUGGCCCAGCAUCAUCCGGGUUAGGGGAGGGUUUGGCUGAGGGGGCUUUACUUGGCUCAUCGCGCUCUAGCGACUCCUUGUGGAGGGACGGUUGCCUGCAGGCUGAUUUCGGACUUCAGUUGAACAGUGUUUCCUCCGACGCAUUGGUGCAGAUGGUUUCCGGGUUAAGCGAGCGGGUGUUAAGAAGCACGGCUUGGCAGGUCAUGUUUCGGAGGACGCAUGACUCGACCUUUGCCUCUCCCGAGCGCGUUGGGGAGUUGCAGCGAUGAGACAAGAUCAUAAUCACAAAAUUGGGGAGAAAAAAGGGGUAUAAAUUACAACGGGGAAAAAAGAAAGUGAGUUCCAAACUUCUCUGCCAAUAACAGCUACUCAGACAGUUGUUUGUGAAAUUGUUCUUUGCUAAGAAGCUAUUUUUGUUUAUUUUUGACAAUUUUUUAUUGAAAACAGUCACAGUAAGGUACCUAAUUGUUACUCAGAAAUGAUUUGAUAUUGAGAUAAAAACGUCUGCAUUGGACCUUUAACACUAAGAAUGAAAUGUAAAGGUUAUUUGGAGGUUUUUGAAUAAAUUCCUUAAAACUUUCACUGAAUGUUUCAAUAAAACUUUAAUAGCACAGCUAGUUUAUUUUGGGUUAAAUGUUUUGAAUUCCAAGCACAGAUUCAGUAGGACACGUGGAAAUACAUUUGCUUUGGCAUUAAUCAUGCAAACAGUAUUUUUCAUUGUGACACAGCAUCAGUGAGAUUCAAACCUGUUCUCUAUCUCUGAAAUUAGUCCACUAAGCCAGGGUUUCCCAAAGCCAUUUAGUGGGCGCCGCCAACACACCUGAACACACUUAACAAGAUAGAGGAUAAAGAGUUUUGUUGACGCUGAGAACGGAAUGAAUAUGUUUUUAAAUAACAUUCUGAACAUUUUCUGAACGUUAUUAAAGUUUUCUUGUGGUUUUCAUGGAAAGUUUUCUUCAUGUUCUGAGAACGGAAUUUAGAAAUAAUUCAUGUUAAUAUGUAGAACUGACAUAAAAGAGAACCAUACAUUUUAUGAACAUUCUGAGAACAUUGCUUAAGUCAAACAUUUUGAACCGUGUGGAGAUACAGAAUGUAAUUGAUAUAGCCACAUGGCUUCUCUUUGGAGUCAUUUGUUGUCAUAGUCACCUCUAUGUGGUGGAUGAACUUUUUCGAUCCUGACGCAACGCAAUUCAUUAAAAUAAUGAUUUUGUUCUACAAAGUGUCUCGCUAUUGGCGAGGUGAUAUCUCGACGUCUAAUAGUGGAUUUAUGCUCUCCAAGACGAACUUUCAAGGCGCGGGAUGUUUUUCCAAUAUAAAUCAUAUUACAAGAACACUUUAACAUAUAACUCCUUUAGUAGUGCAAGCUAUACAUGACUUUAUCUCAUAGGUCCUAGAAGUCUGAGGGCAUACUAAGUUAGAACAUUUCCUUAUGGUGAUACAAGAAGUACAAGAUCUACAGGGGACGCAUCUUUUUAUGAAUGCCUCUUUUCUCUGUCUGAACACAUCACAUUUAACCAAUAUGUUUGAUAGAUUUCUUGAUCGUUUGUUGGUGAAUAAAGGGGGAUUCUGGAAGGCAGAAUUUAAAGAAAAGUCAGAUGAUAAUAUGUGCCCAUGUUUAUUGGCAAUAGACUUGAUGCCAUUAAGGCUAUCAUUGAAAGUAAGUACAGUAUAUAGUUUACAGAAACUGUUUCUUCUGUUUUUGUUGAGAUGUAUUAAGUAACUAGCUUCUGUGAGAGAAUUUGAUUGUCUAUCAUAUUCUUCUUCUGUGUCAAAGAUGCUAUGCAGUCUACGAAGUUGGCUUACUGGUAAAACUCUUUUUAGGUGGUCUGCUAAAUGACAGGAUUGUGUCAUGGCACUAAUCUGAGGAAGGGUACAAAAACAUUUCUGCAGCAUUGAAGCUCCCCAAGAACACUGUGGCCUCCAUCAUUCUUAAAUGGAAGAAGUUUGGCCGCCCGGCCAAACUGAGCAAUCGGGGGAGAAGGGCCUUGGUCAGGGAGGUGACCAAGAACCCGAUGGUCACUCUGACAGAGAUCCAGAGUUCCUCUGUGAAGAUGGGAGAACCUUCCAGAAGGACAACCAUCUCUGCAGCACUCCACCAAUCAGUCCUUUAUGGUAGAGUGGCCAGACGGAAGCCACUCCUCAGUAAAAGGCACAUUACAGCCCGCUUGGAGUUUGCCAAAAGGCACCUAAAUGAUUCUCAGACCAUGAGAAACAAGAUUCUCUGGUCUGAUGAAACCAAGAUUGAACUCUUUGGCCUGAAUGCCAAGCGUCACAUCUGGAGGAAACCUGGCACCAUCCCUACGGUGAAGCAUGGUAGUGGCAGCAUCAUGCUGUGGGGAUGUUUUUCAGCGGCAAGGACUGGGAGACUAGUCAGGAUCAAGGGAAAGAUGAACGGAGCAAAGUACAGAGAGAUCCUUGAUGAAAACCUGCUCCAGAGAGCUCAGGACCUCAGACUGGGGCGAAGGUUCACCUUCCAAAAGGACAACGACCCUAAGCACACAGCCAAGACAAUGCAGGAGUGGCUUCGGGACAAGUCUUUGAAUGUCCAUGAGUGGCCAGAGCCCGGACUUAAACCUGAUCAAACAUCUCUGGAGAGACCUGAAAAUAGCUGUGCAGCGACCCUCCACGUCCAACCUGUCAGAGCUUGAGAGGAUCUGCAGAGAAGAAUGGGAGAAACUCCCCAAAUACAGGUGUGCCAAGCUUGUAGCGUCAUACCCAAGAAGACUUGAGGCUGUAAUCGCUGCCAAAAGUGUUUCAACAAAGUACUGAGUAAAGGGUCUGAAUACUUAUGUAAAUGUGAUAUUUCAUUUUUUAUGAAUUUGCAAAGAUUUCUAAAACCCUGUUUUUGCUUUGUUAGUAUGGGAUAUUGUGUGUGUAGAUUGAUGAGGAUAAAAUACAAACAAUUUAAUCAAUUUUAGAAUAAGGCUGUAAUGUAACAAAAGUGUGCAAAGCUGUGAUAAAGGCAAAGGGUGGCUAUUUGAAGAAUAUCAAAUAUAAAAUAUAUUUUGAUUUGUUUAACACUUAUUUUGUUACUACAUGAUUCCAUAUGUGUUAUUUCAUAGUUUUGAUGUCUUCACUAUUAUUCUACAAUGUAGAAAAUAGUAAAAAAUAAAGAAAAACCCUUGACUGAGUAGGUGUGUCCAAACCUUUGACUGGUACUGUACAUGUUGCUAUUACAAAUCACAACUUGUGUGGAAUGUUCUGCGGAAGUACUGAAAUUCCCACAGAAGAACGUUGUUUCUUAAUGUUCUCGGAACAAUCUGAGAACAUGACUUUAAAUAGAACCUGUAGGAAACAUUACGCUGAAGUACUGAAAUUCCCAAAGAACAACGUUGUUUCUUAACAUUCUUGGCACUAUUUGAGAAUAUUAACAAUGUCAAACCAGAUGGAGAACGUUCCUAGAACAUUAACAAAAAUGGAAUUAAAUGUAACCAUGUUUGAACUUUUUGGAAACAUUCUGUUAAUGUAAUGAAAUACCAAGAAAAAUGUUUUUCUUUGCAAAGUUCCUUAAAUGUGCUGAGAAUGUUCCAAAGCCAAGCAACUAUCCUGUACCAUUCUCAGAAAGUUGUGGGAAGGUUGUAUGCAAAAUAACCAUAGGACAACCACGCUCUCACCAAGCUCUAAGAAACAUAUGGUUCUCAGAACGUUAUGUGCCAGCUGGGCAGGAAUCUGACAACACAGGUUACAGUAACUGCAGAAGAACCAGUAAGAAUCCAAUAACCUGUUUAAUUCUAUUUCAGUGAGAUUUAGCCCACUAUAACAACAGUAAUUGAAUUGUGCUGUUGUGGCAAUAUCAUUGGUGCUGUCUCUGUAUUUCCCCCUAAAUGACCUCAUCCAUGACCAAGUGUCUGCCCUGUGUCUGUUUCAAGGUCUGUGUGUUUUUCGUGGCCUGUAUCUGUUUUUGACCUGUACAUGUCUGUGUUCUGUGAUCCCCAGUGGAGCGUUUUAAUCCCUUGGAUGGGACGUGGUAUGUGUGCCCCCCCAUGCUGACCGCUAGAGAGAACGCCGGCUGCUGUGUGUACCUGGGACGUCUGUUUGUGACCGGAGGCCGGGAUGACCUCAACCUGGAGCUCAGCACUGCAGAGAAGUUUGAUCCAGACGCUCUGAGAUGGACCCCCGUCAAACACAUGAGGUGCAAGAGGAACAAUGUAAGUGAUUGGUCACACAAAUCCUUUUUGGCUACCCUCUUGGUCAUUGGACGACUUCCCACAUCAACAUCAACAGUUCCCAGAUCUCCCAAGAUGCCCAUUACUGUCUCUUAGCACACAGCCUUUCUAAGAGCCAAUAAUUACACCCUUGUCAGAUCUGGUUACUGUUAAUGUUGAUGUCUGUAAGUGGGAAAUGGACUUAUUGUUUAUGAUGAUAUCAUCUUGCUGAAUCAACCUUUCACAUUAGCUCUUGUGGCUCACUGGUGCUCCUUUCCGGUCUGUCCUUUUCAGAUGUCCCUGAUGGUGUUCAACGGGUCAUUGUUGGCUGUAGGAGGCUUUGAUGGCAUUACCAAUCUGAAAACAAUAGAAGUCUACAACCACGAGUCAAACACAUGGAGGUAUGUACUGUAAUAAGGGGAGUGGGCACAAUCAGUUGUAUUUAGUCAAUCAAGGAAUAUGCUUUACAUUGUGGGAAGAGAAAGACCAGUAACUACUAUAGUUGUGCACUGGAGCUGCUUUUAAGACUGUUCUAUUUGCAUACUCUCUGCGGCUAAGGCUCAUCAUCAGCCAAGUUCUUAUGAAAGAGGAGACUCUUAUACAGAGCCUUGCAAAAGUAUUCAUCCCCCUUGGCAUUUUUCCUAUUUUUUUACAUUACAACCUGUAAUUUAAAUGAAUUUUAUUUUGGAUUUUAUGUAAUGGACAUACACAAAAUAGUCCAAAUUGGUGAAGUAAAAUUUAAAAAAUAACUUGUUUCAAAAAACUCUAAAAAAUAAAUAACGGAAAAGUGGUGCGUGCAUAUGUAUUCACCCCCUUUGCUAUGAAGCCCCUAAAUAAGAUCUGGUGCAACCAAUUACCUUCAGAAGUCACAUAAUUUGUUGAAGAAAGUCCACCUGUGUGCAAUCUAAGUGUCACAUGAUCUGUCACAUGAUCUUAGUAUAUAUACACCUGUUUUGAAAGGCCCCAGAGUCUGCAACACCACUAAGCAAGGGGCACCACCAAGCAUGUGGCACCAUGAAGACCAAGGAGCUUUCCAAACAGGUCAGGGACAAAGUUGUGGAGAAGUACAGAUCAGGUUUGGGUUCUAAAAAAAUAUUCAAAACUUUGAACAUCCCACGGAGCACCAUUAAAUCCAUUAUUAAAAAAUGGAAAGAAUAUGGCACCACAACAAACCUGCCAAGAGAGGGCCGCCCACCAAAACUGGCAAGGAAGGCAUUAAUCAGAGAGGCAACAAAGAGACCAAAGAUAACCCUGAAGGAGCUGCAAAGCUCCACAGCGGAGAUUGGAGUAUCUGCCCAUAGGACCACUUUAAGCCAUACACUCCACAGAGCUGGGCUUUAUGGAAGAGUGGCCAAAAAAAUAUAUAAGCAAACACGUUUGGUGUUCGCCAAAAGGCAUGUGGGAGACUCCCCAAACAUAUGGAAGAAGGUACUCUGGUCAGAUGAGACUAAAAUUGAGCUUUUAAGCCAUCAAGGAAAACGCUAUGUCUGGCGCAAACCCAACACCUCUCAUCACCCUGAGAACACCAUCCCCACAGUGAAGCAUGGUGGUGGCAGCAUCAUGCUGUGGGAUGUUUUUCAUCAGCAGGGACUGGGACACUGGUCAGGAGGAAUGAUGGAUGGCGCUAAAUAUAGGGAAAUUCUUGAGGGAAACCUGUUUUAGUAUUUUAGUCAUAGCAGGACAAGGACCCUAAGCAUACUGCUAAAGCAACACUCGAGUGGUUUAAGGGGAAACAUUUAAAUGUCUUGGAAUGGCCUAGUCAAAGCCCAGACCUCAAUCUAAUUGAGAAUCUGUGGUAUGACUUUAAGAUUGCUGUACACCAGCGGAACCCAUCCAACUUGAAGGAGCUGGAGCAGUUUUGCCUUGAAGAAUAGGCAUAAAUCCCAGUGGCUAGACGUGCCAAGCUUAUAGAGACAUACCCCAAGAGACUUGCAGCUGUAAUUGCUGCAAAAGGUGGCUCUAAAAAGUAUUGACUUUGGGGUGGGGGGUGAAUAGAUAUGCAUGCUCAAGUUUUCUGUUUUUUUGUCUAUUUCUUGUUUGUUUCACCAAAAAAAUUAUUUUGCAUCUUCAAAGUGGUAGGCAUGUUGUGUAAGUCAAAUGAUACAACCCCAGCCCCCCCCCCCCCCCCCCCCCCACCCCCAAAUCCAUUUUAAUUCCAGGUUGUAAGGCAACAAAAUAGGAAAAAUGCCAAGGGGGGUGAAUACUUUCGCAAGCCACUGUACAUAUUUUAUGCAGUUAGACUCUGAGUAUAUUUCUUUGGUUAUGUUUUUCAGAUAAUAAUGUAAGUUCUUCUCCCUGCUUUGUUUGCAGACACUUUGGGAGCAUGAAGACUAAACAUCCGGGAGGCCAUGUUGCCAUUUUGACCACAAAACAUGGUUACAGCCUGUAACUGGAGAUAACGUUGAUGGACAAUAACUUAUGGAUUUAUAAUAUGUAUUAUGAUAUUAUUUAUGAUUUAUAAAGUGUAUGUCCAAGUAGGAAUCAUAACCACAAAUAUGAUAUAUAAAAUUAUAUGACUAUGUAACAUAGGACAAUACAGCGGAAGCUGUAUGGAAUUUCUGCAACAGCAACUGUUAGACUCCUGUAAAUAGUGUUAUGCUUCUUCAACAGAGAUAGUUUAUUGAUAAGUGUAUGAUGAAGGAAAAGACAGGGUCAAGAAAGGUUGAGGUGUUUUCCCAGAAGGCUGAGAAUAGGAACGUUGAAGGAUGGUUGAGAAAAGGUAAUUUAGGAAAGGUAUGGCUGUGUCCCAAACGGCACCUUACCCAGCUAGCACAUUUGGUUCCUUGGAAGUUGUGGGAAUGUAUGAUUUUGGUUUUACAUUGAUUGUGAGAACGAAGCCAUACGUUUCCUGACCGGUAAAACUGAAAGCUUUUUAAAAGUUAUGAGAACAGAAGUAAAAAUGUCGCCUGUUCUGGGAACGUUUAUCUUUUAGGGGAGGUUCUGACUUUGAAUGUUUUCCUGGGAGGUUUUAUUAAUGCUCUGAGAACAGAAAUUAUAGGUUAUUUGGAGGUUUUUGAAUAACUUCCUUAAAACUUUUA